CGGCUCCGGCCGCCAGCCCCAGCUUCCCAGGUCCGGAGCCGGGACUGGGGGAGGCUAGGAGGGAGGGAGCACGAGCAAGGAGGCACGCGCCCGCCGGUCCGCGCCCAGCCCGCCGCCGCUGCCUUAGCAGCUAUGGCCGAGCGCCGCGCCUUCGCCCAGAAGAUCAGCAGAACGGUGGCAGCUGAAGUUAGGAAGCAGAUCUCCGGUCAAUAUAGUGGUUCUCCCCAACUGCUCAAAAACCUUAAUAUUGUUGGCAAUAUAUCCCAUCACACCACCGUGCCCCUUACUGAAGCAGUAGAUCCAGUGGAUUUGGAAGAUUACCUCAUUACUCAUCCUUUGGCUGUGGAUUCUGGGCCUUUACGGGAUUUGAUUGAAUUUCCUCCAGAUGAUAUUGAAGUUGUUUAUAGUCCUCGGGACUGCAGAACACUUGUUUCAGCUGUACCUGAAGAAAGUGAAAUGGAUCCACAUGUUAGAGACUGUAUAAGAAGUUACACAGAAGACUGGGCAAUUGUCAUCAGAAAAUAUCAUAAAUUGGGAACAGGAUUUAAUCCCAAUACAUUAGAUAAACAGAAAGAAAGGCAAAAAGGUUUACCAAAACAGGUCUUUGAAUCUGAUGAAGCUCCAGAUGGCAACAACUACCAGGAUGACCAAGAUGAUCUUAAAAGACGUUCAAUGUCAAUAGAUGAUACCCCAAGGGGUAGCUGGGCCUGUAGUAUCUUUGACUUGAAAAAUUCACUUCCUGAUGCUUUGCUUCCCAAUUUACUUGAUCGAACUCCAAAUGAAGAAAUAGACCGUCAGAAUGAUGACCAAAGGAAAUCAAACCGUCACAAAGAACUUUUUGCUUUGCAUCCAUCACCAGAUGAGGAAGAACCAAUAGAACGGCUUAGUGUUCCUGACGUACCCAAAGAACAUUUUGGUCAAAGACUUCUUGUAAAAUGCUUAUCGCUCAAGUUUGAAAUUGAAAUUGAACCCAUUUUUGCGAGUUUGGCUUUAUAUGAUGUCAAGGAAAAGAAAAAGAUUUCAGAAAACUUUUAUUUUGACCUUAAUUCUGAGCAAAUGAAAGGAUUGUUACGUCCACAUGUACCACCUGCUGCCAUUACCACCCUGGCAAGAUCAGCAAUUUUUUCUAUCACUUAUCCUUCCCAAGAUGUUUUUCUUGUAAUAAAGCUAGAAAAAGUCCUACAGCAAGGAGACAUUGGAGAGUGUGCAGAACCGUAUAUGAUUUUCAAAGAAGCAGAUGCCACCAAGAAUAAGGAAAAACUGGAGAAACUGAAGAGUCAAGCAGAUCAGUUUUGCCAAAGACUUGGGAAAUAUCGCAUGCCUUUUGCUUGGACUGCAAUCCAUUUAAUGAAUAUUGUUAGCAGUGCUGGGAGUUUGGAAAGAGAUUCUACAGAAGUAGAAAUCAGUACUGGAGAACGAAAAGGGUCUUGGUCAGAGAGGAGGAAUUCUAGUAUUGUUGGCAGACGAUCACUUGAAAGGACAACGAGUGGAGAUGAUGCUUGUAACUUGACAAGUUUUCGACCAGCUACUCUCACAGUGACAAAUUUUUUUAAGCAGGAAGGAGACCGCUUAAGUGAUGAAGAUCUCUACAAAUUCCUUGCUGAUAUGAGAAGGCCGUCUUCUGUCUUACGGCGACUAAGACCUAUUACAGCUCAGCUCAAGAUAGACAUUUCUCCCGCACCUGAAAAUCCCCAUUAUUGCCUAACUCCAGAGCUACUUCAAGUGAAGCUUUACCCUGACAGUAGAGUUAGACCUACCAGAGAAAUUUUAGAGUUUCCUGCAAGGGAUGUUUAUGUCCCAAACACUACUUACAGAAAUCUUCUCUACAUAUACCCUCAGAGUCUUAAUUUUGCCAAUCGUCAAGGUUCUGCUAGAAAUAUAACAGUGAAAGUCCAGUUUAUGUAUGGAGAGGAUCCAAGCAAUGCCAUGCCGGUAAUCUUUGGUAAAUCUAGCUGUUCAGAAUUUUCAAAGGAAGCCUAUACAGCCGUAGUAUAUCAUAACAGGUCUCCCGAUUUUCAUGAAGAAAUCAAGGUUAAGCUUCCUGCUACUUUAACUGAUCAUCAUCACUUGCUUUUUACUUUUUAUCAUGUUAGUUGUCAACAAAAACAAAAUACUCCUCUUGAAACACCAGUUGGAUAUACAUGGAUACCAAUGCUUCAGAAUGGACGGUUGAAGACUGGCCAGUUUUGCUUACCAGUCUCAUUGGAAAAACCACCACAGGCUUAUUCUGUACUGUCUCCUGAGGUUCCUCUACCUGGCAUGAAAUGGGUAGAUAAUCACAAAGGUGUUUUUAAUGUUGAAGUUGUUGCUGUUUCAUCUAUCCAUACACAAGAUCCUUACCUUGACAAGUUUUUUGCUCUGGUCAAUGCUUUGGAUGAACACAUGUUCCCAGUACGAAUUGGGGACAUGCGAAUCAUGGAAAAUAACUUAGAAAAUGAAUUGAAGAGCAGUAUUUCAGCACUGAAUACAUCUCAGUUGGAACCAGUGGUCCGAUUUCUUCAUCUUCUGCUAGAUAAACUGAUACUUUUAGUUGUUAGACCUCCUGUCAUUGCUGGCCAAAUAGUUAAUCUAGGUCAAGCAUCUUUUGAAGCCAUGGCAUCAAUUAUAAAUCGACUUCACAAAAACUUGGAAGGAAAUCAUGACCAGCAUGGCAGAAACAGCCUUCUUGCAUCAUAUAUUUAUUAUGUUUUCCGCCUACCAAAUACUUACCCUAAUUCAUCUUCACCAGGUCCUGGGGGUUUGGGAGGAUCAGUGCAUUAUGCCACAAUGGCUAGAUCUGCUGUGAGACCUGCAAGCCUUAAUUUAAAUCGUUCUCGAAGCCUUAGUAAUAGCAAUCCAGAUAUAUCUGGGACUCCCACGUCACCAGAUGAUGAAGUUCGGUCAAUCAUCGGGAGUAAGGGUUUAGAUCGCUCCAAUUCCUGGGUUAACACUGGUGGUCCAAAAGCUGCCCCAUGGGGAUCCAACCCCAGUCCAAGUGCAGAAUCAACACAGGCUAUGGAUCGAAGUUGUAAUCGUAUGUCUUCGCACACAGAGACGUCAAGUUUCUUACAAACAUUAACGGGACGCUUACCAACUAAAAAGCUUUUUCAUGAGGAGCUGGCUUUGCAGUGGGUUGUUUGCAGUGGCAGCGUUCGGGAAUCAGCUUUGCAACAAGCCUGGUUCUUUUUUGAGUUAAUGGUAAAGAGCAUGGUGCAUCAUUUAUACUUUAAUGAUAAACUUGAUGCUCCAAGGAAAAGUCGUUUUCCAGAACGUUUCAUGGAUGACAUUGCAGCUCUUGUCAGCACGAUUGCUAGUGAUAUAGUUUCACGAUUUCAGAAGGACACAGAAAUGGUUGAGAGACUCAAUACAAGCCUGGCAUUCUUUCUCAAUGAUCUGUUAUCUGUUAUGGACAGAGGAUUUGUUUUUAGUCUUAUAAAGUCCUGCUAUAAACAGGUGUCUUCAAAGCUUUACUCAUUACCGAAUCCGAGCGUUCUGGUGUCCUUGAGGCUGGAUUUUCUGCGAAUCAUCUGCAGUCAUGAGCACUAUGUUACAUUAAACUUACCCUGUAGCUUACUUACUCCACCUGCAUCUCCAUCACCUUCUGUCUUGUUCUGCCUCACUCUCCAACAGAGUUCUGGAUUUUCUACGAAUGUACAAGACCAGAAGAUUGCAAAUAUGUUUGAAUUGUCGGUGCCUUUCCGCCAACAGCAUUAUUUGGCAGGACUUGUGUUAACGGAGCUGGCUGUCAUUUUAGACCCUGAUGCUGAAGGACUGUUUGGAUUGCAUAAGAAAGUCAUCAAUAUGGUACACAAUUUACUUUCCAGUCACGACUCAGACCCGCGGUACUCUGACCCCCAGAUAAAGGCUCGAGUGGCCAUGUUAUAUCUACCUCUGAUUGGUAUUAUCAUGGAAACUGUACCUCAGCUGUAUGAUUUUACAGAAACUCACAAUCAACGAGGAAGACCCAUUUGUAUAGCCCCUGAUGACUGUGAAAGUGAGAGCGGAAGUAUGAUAAGCCAGACUGUUGCUAUGGCAAUCGCAGGGACAUCGGUCCCUCAACUAACAAGGCCUGGCAGUUUCCUCCUCACAUCAACGAGUGGCAGGCAACACACUACCUUUUCAGCAGAAUCAAGUCGAAGCCUUUUGAUCUGUCUACUUUGGGUUCUCAAAAAUGCAGAUGAAACAGUUCUCCAGAAGUGGUUUACAGAUCUCUCGGUCUUGCAGCUAAACCGGCUAUUAGAUCUGCUUUAUCUCUGCGUAUCUUGCUUUGAGUAUAAAGGGAAAAAAGUGUUUGAAAGAAUGAACAGCUUGACCUUUAAGAAAUCAAAAGACAUGAGAGCAAAGCUUGAAGAAGCUAUUCUUGGGAGCAUAGGUGCUAGGCAAGAAAUGGUGCGUCGAAGCCGAGGACAGCUCGAGAGAAGCCCAUCUGGAAGUGCCUUUGGAAGUCAAGAAAAUUUGAGGUGGAGAAAAGAUAUGACUCACUGGCGUCAAAACACAGAGAAGCUUGACAAAUCAAGAGCAGAGAUUGAACACGAAGCGCUGAUUGAUGGAAACCUGGCUACAGAAGCAAACCUGAUCAUUUUGGAUACAUUAGAGAUUGUUGUUCAGACCGUUUCUGUAACAGAAUCCAAAGAGAGCAUCCUUGGUGGAGUGCUAAAAGUGCUACUACACAGCAUGGCCUGUAACCAAAGUGCAGUUUAUCUACAACACUGUUUUGCUACACAGAGAGCCUUGGUUUCAAAGUUUCCUGAACUCUUAUUUGAAGAAGAGACAGAGCAGUGUGCUGAUUUAUGCCUCAGGCUUCUUCGACACUGUAGCAGUAGCAUCAGUACGAUACGGUCACACGCCAGUGCUUCCCUUUACCUACUAAUGAGGCAAAACUUUGAGAUUGGGAAUAACUUUGCCAGGGUUAAAAUGCAGGUAACAAUGUCACUAUCCUCCUUGGUGGGCACAUCUCAGAAUUUUAAUGAAGAAUUCUUAAGACGUUCUCUAAAGACCAUAUUGACAUAUGCUGAAGAAGACCUGGAAUUGCGGGAAACAACAUUUCCUGAUCAGGUUCAGGAUCUGGUUUUCAAUCUCCAUAUGAUCCUUUCUGAUACUGUGAAAAUGAAGGAACACCAGGAGGAUCCUGAAAUGUUGAUUGACCUAAUGUACAGAAUUGCCAAGGGUUACCAGACCUCUCCAGAUCUGCGAUUGACCUGGCUGCAGAACAUGGCUGGCAAGCACUCAGAACGAAGCAAUCAUGCUGAAGCUGCACAGUGUCUAGUCCACUCAGCAGCACUUGUUGCUGAAUAUUUGAGCAUGCUAGAGGACCGGAAAUAUCUUCCUGUGGGAUGUGUAACAUUUCAGAAUAUUUCAUCUAAUGUUUUAGAAGAAUCUGCAGUCUCAGAUGAUGUGGUAUCUCCAGAUGAAGAAGGUAUCUGCUCUGGAAAAUACUUUACUGAGUCAGGACUUGUGGGAUUACUGGAACAAGCAGCUGCUUCUUUCUCUAUGGCUGGCAUGUAUGAAGCAGUUAAUGAGGUUUACAAAGUACUUAUUCCUGUUCAUGAAGCUAAUCGGGAUGCAAAGAAACUGUCCACAAUUCAUGGUAAACUUCAAGAAGCAUUCAGCAAAAUUGUUCAUCAGAGUACUGGCUGGGAGCGGAUGUUUGGCACCUAUUUUCGUGUUGGUUUUUAUGGAACCAAGUUCGGGGAUUUGGAUGAACAAGAAUUUGUUUACAAGGAGCCUGCAAUAACCAAACUUGCAGAGAUAUCUCACAGAUUGGAGGGAUUUUAUGGAGAAAGAUUUGGAGAGGAUGUGGUUGAAGUAAUCAAAGACUCUAAUCCUGUAGACAAGUGUAAAUUAGAUCCUAACAAGGCAUAUAUUCAGAUUACCUAUGUGGAGCCAUACUUUGACACAUAUGAGAUGAAGGACAGAAUCACUUAUUUCGACAAAAAUUAUAAUCUUCGCCGCUUCAUGUACUGUACACCCUUUACUUUAGAUGGCCGUGCCCAUGGGGAACUUCAUGAACAAUUCAAAAGGAAGACCAUUUUGACUACAUCUCAUGCCUUUCCUUAUAUUAAAACAAGGGUCAAUGUCACUCACAAAGAAGAGUUGCAGGGGCCUUUGGAAGUUGCCCAGGUUUUUCUGUCUGAAAUACCUAGUGACCCAAAGCUCUUCAGACAUCAUAAUAAACUGCGACUCUGCUUUAAAGAUUUUACUAAAAGGUGUGAAGAUGCCUUAAGAAAAAAUAAGAGCUUAAUUGGGCCAGAUCAAAAGGAGUAUCAAAGGGAACUGGAGAGAAACUAUCAUCGCCUUAAAGAGGCCCUACAGCCACUGAUCAACAGAAAGAUCCCUCAGUUAUACAAGGCAGUAUUACCUGUUACCUGCCACAGAGAUUCCUUCAGUCGAAUGAGCCUUCGCAAAAUGGAUCUCUAAACCCAAUGCACUUGUUUUAUUCAUCUGGAAAGAGCCAUGUAUUCAACAUUGAGUGUGAAAAUAUCUAUUGGAAAACAACAUGGAAUGGAAUUCUGGAAAUUAAUUAUUCAUUGAAUAAUACAGUGACCAAGAAAAUAUCAAAUGUAGAUUUACAUUUGAGAAUCAUGGCUAUGGUCUCUAAUGUUCUGGUAACAAGCUGUUAUCGUUUAAGACAUUUUAAUGACUCAAAGGUACACUAUACAUUUAUCAUUAUUUAUACCAUAGCUAACGUUAAAUUUAUUUACUUUAAGUUCAUAUUUUUUAAUUUAUAUUACCAUUUAUAGAUUCAUUUUGGAACCAUUUUAAAUGUAGUAAUGCUUAUUUUAAAGGUACUAUUAAAUAUGUGAAUGUUUACACUAAUUUUACUGAGUGGGACUUUAAAAUUUUUAUUUAUUGACAAUGGCAGAGAACAAUUUAAGGGUUGACUCAAGAACUAGUUCCAAACCUAGCAAAAUAAAAAUCAUAGCCCCAAAUCAAA